CCCGGACGCAAUCCAACAACAACACCACACGAUGCUGGCGCUGGGCUUUGCGAGGAAGGCGUGCUGUUCUGCUGCGGCUUCUGCUGCAGCUGCGGCUGCUUCGGGACGGGUGCGACUGCGACUGCUGUCGGCUGCAGCGGCUGGGGUAGGCGGUGGAACAGCCAACAUCGGGCCCACAAGUGCGGCAACGGCACCGAUCCGGCCCUCGCUCAACUUCAAGGGUUGGCGCGACAACCUAGAGUACCACCGGGCCAACAUCCGCAACAGAAACGUCGAGGCGAACGUCGACGCCGCGGUGGAAGCAUAUGAACAGUACGUGGCACAGCUGCAGCGUGUGGAGCAGCUGAGGCACGAGCGGAAUCGUCUCACCGACAGUAUCAAGAAGAUGAAGGACAAGAAAGGGUCAGAGUUCCAGGAGCUGCUGCGGCAGUCCAAACAGAACAAGACAAUCUUGCAAGAAGUUGAGAGCCAAAUGCCCUGGGUGGAAGAAGCCAUGCUGAUUGAGGGCCUCGCCAUUCCAAACGAGACACACCCAGACGUGCCCGUUGGGUCAGAGGAGCAAGCGACGGUGCUGCAAACAGUGAACGAAGCACCGUCCUUCUGUUUUGAGCCCAGAGACCACCUUGCCAUUGCGCAGCCCAACAACCUCAUCAACUUCAGGUCUGGUGCUGCGGUCACCGGCAGUCGCUUCUAUUUUCUUCAUGGCAAAGUCGCCCUGCUCGAGUUUGCUCUCGUCCACUACGCAAUCAACUUCAUGACGCAGCGGGGAUAUGAGCCUGUCACUGUACCCGAUAUUGUCAAGACGCGCGUUGCUGAGAGCUGCGGUUUCCAACCAAGAGACGACGCAUCACAGAUCUAUCACCUUGACCAACAGCACUCUGUUGGCCAGGCUGAGCUCUGUCUUGCUGGAACGGCCGAAAUCCCCCUUGCAGGCAUGUGGAUGGGACACACAUUUGAUGACAGCGAGUUGACAAAGAAAUACAUCGCUGUCGGCCACGCCUUCCGCUGUGAAGCAGGCGGUGCCGGCGCCACGAAUCGCGGUCUUUAUCGCGUCCACCAGUUCACAAAGGCUGAGCUGUUUGUGAUUUCGCCUGGCGACCUGGAAACGUCGUGUGGCCUUCACGAUGAGAUGCUGCAAGACCAAAUCGACCUCUUUGCUUCCCUCGGCCUCCACUUUAAGGUGUUGGACAUGCCGACAGAGGACCUUGGCGCACCAGCGUAUCGAAAAUACGACAUUGAGGCGUGGAUGCCGGGGCGACAGGAGUUUGGCGAGAUUUCGAGCACGAGCAACUGCACGGACUACCAGAGCCGCCGCCUAAACAUCCGCUCCCGUCCAACGCAGGCCGCACCGUCAUCGUUCGUCCACACCCUGAAUGGCACGGCGUGCGCUGUGCCGCGGAUGAUCGUUGCCAUUAUGGAAACGUUUCAACGCGAAGACGGAGACUUUGACAUUCCCGCUGUUCUCGAACCGUACAUGCCCCAUGGCGAAGGAAGAAAGCCGACGUAAGAUAGAAGCUUGCAGGCAUUUUGAUGGCCAAACCGCAUGCGCUUUGUACGCGCAUGUGGAUGGUCUUACGAAGGUCUUGUGAAAGUGGGCGGCGCACUUGUUGCGCGUUGAUUGUUUACUUUUGUUGUUUCUAUACACGAUCAGCUAUUGUACUUCACAUAAAAACAGACAAGAACGGCCA